AUGUCUCUUCCAUCCGUCAACCUUCAUGAUGAUGCCGAAUCCGCCAUCCGGACUCUCAUGGACACUAUCGCCCAAUUCCGAACACUUGAUCCACUUGACACUGAAAAGGGAAUCAAUGACGCGAUUCCAUUGGUUCAUCAACUAUAUAGACUCAUAGCCCAGACGACCUUAGAUCCAGUGGCAGAGCAACAGGUAGGAGAAAUGCCAAAGUUUGUGGAGGAAGAAGGUCUAAUGAGAAACCGUAUUGGACAGGUCAAGGAAGACGACCGCAUCAAAGCGAUUGUACCAAAUCUUCGACAGAUUUUCUCCGACGUAGAGUGUGCAUAUGAGGAGGUAUGGGCGAAGAAGAUUAAUACAUGCCCUAAUUCAAGCGAAGCACAAAAAGUGCUCCUGACCUAUCCUAUGCUCCAUGUCUAUGACUUUUUGGUUUCUCUAGAAUGGAAUGCUGCACGCACGAUUUUACAGGACUUUCCAUCCAAGAUAGCUAUGAUUGGAUCUGGGCCGCUCCCUCUAACUCCAAUGCGCAUCAUCGAUGCUGCUCGGAAACAGGGUCAUACAAUUGAACAAUUUCAUCUAAUUGAACGAUACGCUGACCGGGUAGAGUGCUCUGUGAAUUCUGUGAAUAAAUUGGGGGGUUAUGAGAGCAUCACCCACGAGGUGGGAGAUGCAGCCGAUCCUGGAGAUCUGACAGCCUUUGAUGCCGUAUAUGUGGCUAUCCUAGUAGGCGAGACCGAAAAACAAAAAGAGGAAUUGCUGCUCGGUAUCUUGAAACGGAUGAAACCAGGAGCCGUUGUGAUCACAAGGGGAUCUCGAGGUUUAAAAGGAUUAAUCUAUCCUUGUGUAUUCAAGUUGAUAUCAUCCCUCUCACAUACAGUUGCCCUUCCUGAAUCUAUUUCAGAAGAUGUUCUCACGGUUGUUCUGGCGGCAUGGGCUCGAAUACUAUCUUUCCACUUAUCAUCCAACAGCGUGGUUUUCGGUAUCGCCAUUGGCACCCAGAUUCUGGGUUUCCAGUGUACUUCAUCGCGCGAUAUGACUGUAGGUGAAUAUCUAGAUCAUAUACGACAAUCAAUUUAUAGCAUCUCGACGGAGCCGGCAAUCAGCUAUGAAAUGGACAAGAAGCUUCAAAUAGAGCCUCUACUGCGAACCGUUGUCAAUAUAGGACAAAUGAAGACUCGUGUGGACAAGCUGUCUAUUGGCCAUGCACCAGUAGACUGGUGUCUCAACAUUUUCUGCGAGCCUACUUCUCAACAUCUUAACUUAUAUGCAACUCUGGAUACGCGAUAUAUCGCCGCUUUCCGAGCACAGAACCUUUUGUAUGAGAUCGCGCAAGUAUCAAUGGGGCUUUUGAUGUCACCUUCACACUGGCCGCUGAAGGAAAUCCAAGUCAUCAGCCAAGAGGAGGAAAACACUAUAUUUGCGUUGAAUUCACUGAAUAUCGAACCAUCUGACACCUGCAUCCACGAUAUCAUUUCGAAAUGGGCAAAAACCCAGCCGUUUGCGGAGGCUAUUUGUGCACCAGAUGGGUCGUUCUCCUUUUCUGAGCUAGACUCUCUAUCCAGUCGGCUAGCCUAUCGGCUUCAACAGCAAGGAGUGCACCCCGGAGAACUUAUUCCUUUGGGCAUGGAGCGUAGUGCGUUGGCAGUCAUCACCAUGAUUGCAAUACUAAAAACUGGUAGUGCUUUUGUUCCAUUAGAGGUAACCAGUCCCAUUGGCCGUAAUCUGGAGAUUGUGAAACAGUCCGGAGCAAAGAGAGUCUUGAUAUCAGAGUCUCAGACCACAAAAGAUUGGCCAGCUGAGAUAUCCGCCUUGGUCACUUUGGAAAUGAUUCGCAGUACACCAUUCCCAGAUGCUGGAACGCUCCCAUGCGUGGAUCUUCAAUCGCUUGCCUAUGUGAUAUUCACAUCAGGGAGCACUGGAAAGCCAAAGGGCGUGAUGAUUGAGCAUCAUUCUCUGAGUGCAAGCGUCCGAUCAGAGAGACAGCCUUACACAUUCAAUCAAUCAACUGCUACUCGUGCUUUGCAGUUUGCAUCUCUUGCAUUCGACGCAUCCUUUGCUGAGCACUUGGCCCCUUUGUCGAACGGGGGAUGUGUAUUCAUUCCGGAUCAAGAGACCCGGUUGGACCGCUUGGUCGAGUUCAUGAAUCGGAACCGCAUAAACUGGGCAUUUUUCACCCCAUCCUUUUUCCGCCUGCUUGAUCCUGAUGAAUUGCCCUGGCUCAAGACAGUCGUACUUGGUGGCGAGGCAAUAAAUGACGAUUGUAUCGACCGAUGGGCUCAUCGAAUCCGACUUGUGAACGGAUACGGUCCAUCCGAGACAACUAUCUGCGUAACGGCUUGUGUUGUUGACCCGGGUUCGGAAAAUAGGGCGUCAAUCGGGACUGGCAUGAUUAGCAAGGUAUGGGUCGUUGAUCCUGAAGACCUAGAUCAACUGUCUCCAAUCGGCACGGUUGGUGAACUACUUAUUCAGGGUCCAACUGUUGGUCGAGGGUAUCUUGGGGAUGAAACUCGUACCAAAGCUUCCUUCAUUGAGCGUCCUCGAUGGCUUAGAAAUCAUACCGAGCACCAUGAAAGUAUAUAUCGAACCGGUGAUCUUGUUCGAUUCGAGCCCGAUGGGAGCUUGACUUACGUUGGUCGACGAGAUACGCAGAUAAAGAUUCGUGGCCACCGAAUUGAGCUUUCGGAGAUUGAAAGCAAAAUCUCUAUUAAUGAAUCCGUUAAUGAUGUUGUUAUUCUGGCUCCGAAAGCUGGGCCUCUGAAGGGACAACUGACGGCAGUCAUUGCUUUGAAAGCGACAGCAAAGCAAACCCAUGUACAUGUGCGCUCAACAUUGAGCUGCUUACAUGGACGAGAAAGGGAGCAAGCCAUGAACCAGAUCGACAGCGUUAAGAAAAAUUUGCAAGAACAUCUUCCAGGUUAUAUGAUCCCCACGGUGUGGCUCCCAGUGUUGACUAUCCCCUUAAGCACCUCAGCAAAAGCUGAUCGGACUCUUCUUUGUCGGUGGCUCGAAAACGAUUCCGAAGCUCAUUUGUUCCUAGAUCAUGGAGUCAUCCAUAACGAAAAGCAACCAGUCUUACCAAGAAACAACACAGAAGAAAUAUUGCAGCGUAUAUGGGCCUCGGUACUCAAUAGGGAUAGUCACGGGGUUCCAAUCGAUCGCUCGCUGCAGAGUCUCGGUGGUGACUCCCUAGCCGCGAUACAAAUUGUGGCGCAGUGCCGAAAAGAAAAGAUGGCUAUAUCGAUGUCUAAUCUACUUCGUGGGGACAGCAUCAUCAUACUAGCUCAAAAUGCAGGGUCGGUCACCAACCUUAGUCCUGAACUCGAGAAUCAAGUGGCAUUUCCAUUAUCGCCCAUUCAAAAAGUCUAUGCGAAGCGUGCACCAUCAGAUAAACACCAUUUCUAUCAGGCCAUGCUACUCAAAGUAUCAGUCGGUACUCCCAUUCCACGGAUCGAGGAGUCGCUGCGAGAAGUAGUAAAAAGGCAUUCGAUGCUGAGAGUCCGUCUACAACCAAGUUCGACCGGCUUCAUGCAGGAAAUAUCAGACAGACUUCCGUCAGUAUCAAUCCAUCACAUACCAGAUUACGCUGCGGAAUAUGUUAUGAAAAUGAGUCGUGAGCAUUUAGACCCAUAUAAUGGAGUCAGUUUCCAUGCAGAUAUUUUACAGACAGAGAGUCGAUUACUGCUGUUUCUCGUGGGCCAUCAUCUGGCAGUUGAUCUGGUGUCAUGGAACAUUAUUAUAAGCGACCUAGAACAAUUCAUCCGCUUCAAUCAUCUUCCCCCAUUUGAAGCAACUUCCUUUCAGACAUGGUGUAAUUACCUCCAGCAUCUCAAACCUCGAAAGGCUUUGCCAUAUACCAUUCCUUCUCCCAAUCUUGACCUCUGGGGAAUGCACGGUAAACCAAACACGUAUGGGGAUGUGAUACAUUAUACUACGGGUUUGAAACACACUCAGUUUACUGAUCUACUUUCAUUUACUCAAAACUUCAAUAUUAAUCUUCUUGAUGUCUUUCUUGGGUCACUAUUUCUCAGCUUUCGUCGAGUUUUCAACAGGGAUGUAACUAUCCAUAAUGAGAGCCACGGUCGAGAGCAUUCAAAUCCCUUCCUCGACAUCUCUGGUACCGUUGGCUGGUUCACAACACUUCUUCCAUUGGCACCACGCAUAAAACCCGGUGCCAGUUUGUUGGAAGUAUCCCGCAAUGUGCAAUUCUCAAGAACGGCGGUGCCAGAUAAUGGCUUGUUACACUUCACUUCAAAGGUGCUUGGUCAGGACGAGGUCGAUAUUUUUGAAAUUGUAUUCAAUUACAUGGGAUCGUCAUUCUCGUUGACAAGGGAGGAGUCUGUAUUCCAGAUCGAACCUCACAGUGUCGGCGUGUCUGGGGAUUCAGCUAGCAAUAACAUGUCAAGGUUGACGCUGAUAGAGAUUUCAGCCGCAGUUGUGAAUCACGAGGUUGAAUUGGUCUUUUCGUGUAAUCAGCAUAUGACUGAUUUGAGUAGCAUCCAGAAGUGGAUGGUUGAAUGUGCCAGCAUUUUAACACGAACAUCCUCUUUCGUGGGAACGACAACAUUACAACCGUCACACCUGUUGACCAAUGAUUACUAUGAGGCUUGCGCCAUUGAAGAGAGAGCCUGCCAAACACUGGGUCUUCAUUCGUCUAGUGUUGACUUGAUUUAUCCUACUUCACCAAUGCAAAAUGCCAUGUUAAUUGCACAGGCUUCUGCACCCGAGUCCUAUCAGGCUAAACUCCUUCUUGGUAUCAAAUCACUUGAUCAAUUUGACAUAUCCCGUUUCGAAAAGGCAUGGACCAUGGUUGUCCGCGACAAUCCUAUUCUGCGAACAGUGUUUGUUCCUCGUUGUACAGAUGUAUAUGACCAAGUAGUGCUGAACAACAAAAUCAUCGAUAGUGGGAUUGCAAAGGCAGAGCAGAUUUUCCCAAGCAAUUUAGCCCUAAUGACCUCAAGUUGGAAGGUCCUUCAACCUCACAACAAGCUCACUAUUACAUACAAGGGCAAUUAUGCUACCUGCUUAUUUGAAAUCAACCAUUGCCUCAUCGAUCAUGUCGCCCUUCAAAAUUUAUUGUGUUACCUCUCAGAAACAUACACCGGUUCCAUCGACACUGCCACACCGCAGGUGAAAUAUGAAAAUUUUAUCGAACAUCUUACCCAAGAUGAUUCACUGACGUCCAUUAAUUACUGGCGUACGGCAUUCCCCAGUACUCUGCACAAAUCGCUUACAUCUCCAUCAUCUAAUCUAAAUGACAAUCGGAAAUUAAGACACUCGCCAAUAUCCCUCUCGGAAGCAGUGAAAUCAGCCCUUGUAUCAUCUAUUCACACGCCAUCCACCAUUCUUCGGCUCUGUUGGGCGUUGACUCUCCAAAAGCAAACGGGUUCGCAAAAUCCACAGUUUGGCUACGUAGUCUCCGGACGCGAUGUCUCAAUUGAGAAUACCGAGUCAGGACGAAUAGCUGGUCCCUUACUAAACAUCUUACCCUGCACAAUAGAUCUUGGUGUGUUAUCCACAGUCUAUCAUAUAGCCAAACAAAGGCUUCAAGAUCUUCUCGAAGAUAUCCAGACACAAUAUGCCCGUAGUCUCCCACACCAGCAUUGGUUUUUCACCUAUGCCACCGAGGUACGCGAACAACAGAGACUGUCAGAACCACCAACUCGCCUGUUUUUCGAUACGGUUGUGAAUUUCCGUCGUCACGUCUCUCAGCCAGAAACAAGUUCUCUUGAAUUUACAAUAAUAGGGGAGAAUGAUCCAUUUGAUCAUGACGUUGUACUCGAGAUAGACCUUGAGGAGACCAAGUUUACGAUCAUACUAACCUCUUGGGAACAUCGAGUUAAUGAGGCUAUGGCGACUGAAUUGGUAAGAUCGUUUGAGGAGAGUGUUGAACAAGUAUGUGCACAAUUAGCAUAG